CAUACCAGGAGCAAGGUCUGAACAGCUCAUUACUGAUAUCCCCUGAAAGAUUUUCCUGGCCUCUCUGCAUGAUAACAACUCGCUUGAGAAACUCACAAACUGAGAACCUCUGGUGCUUUAUUACUUUGGAAUUCUCUGCUAAUUUUUAAACAAGGUGGAUACACAGACUGUGUAUACUGAAUGUAUACAGAUACAUAUAACUGAAAUUUAAUUCAAGUCAUAAUGCAGAAUGCAAAGUACUUUAUAACCCUGACUGCUCUUCUGUGCUUUAUUAUUGUUGCACUUGGAGAAGAGAAUGGGUCAUCCCCACAACCAUCCUCUCAUGGGAGGCUAUCAUUCCUGGGAGGCAUGACAGCUACUAUAAACUCAUCUUUCCUCAAUACCUUGAAUCUUAAUGCUUCAAUCCAAUAUAUACAAGGCAACAAAAGCUUUCUAAAUGGAAAAAACAAGUUUCCGAUGUGUGACAGGCCGACAGAGAUCAAAGGCACAUUCAGAUAUAUCACCAGCGUGAUAUCCUGCUUGAUAUUUAUAGUGGGCAUCACUGGUAACACUGCACUGCUGAGGAUAAUCUACAAGAACACCUGCAUGAGAAAUGGUCCCUACAUACUCAUUGCAAGUCUGGCAUUGGGAGAUCUUCUCCAUAUCAUCAUCGAUAUUCCUAUCCAAACAUAUAAGCUGCUUGCGCAAGAUUGGCCAUUUGGAGUUGAAAUAUGCAAACUGGUUCCAUUCUUGCAAAAGGCUACAGUGGGAAUCACUAUGCUGAGUCUAUGCGCCCUUAGCAUAGACAGGUAUCGAGCUGUCGUCUCCUGGUCUCAUGUUCAAACCCCACGUGUUUCAAAAUGGAUUGCAGUAGAAAUUGCUUUCAUCUGGGUUGUAUCAUCUGCUCUGGCAAUACCUGAAGUGAUUGGUUAUGAUUUAAUUGUAACUAACUAUCGAGGGGAACGCCUCCAAACCUGUAUGCUCCAUCAUGUACAAACAACAGCAUUUAUGAGGUUUUAUAAAACAUACAAGGAUAUGUGGCUAUUCAGCUUCUAUUUCUGCUUACCUUUGGUUCUGAUGGCGGUCUUCUACAUCCUGAUGGCAUUUGAGCUAUUCAAAAAGAAAAAUGAAAUGGGACUUGCUAUUAGUGACACCUUACGACAGAGACGGGAGAUUGCAAAAACAGUCUUUUACCUUGUGCUUGUAUUUGCUGUUUGCUGGCUUCCUCUGCAUCUCAGUCGGAUUUUAAGAUUCACAUUUUAUGAUGAAAAGGAUGCUAAGCGGUGUGAAUUUCUAAGUUUCCUGUUGUUGUUGGAUUACAUUGGCAUAAACAUGGGUAAUUUGAAUUCGUGCAUCAAUCCAAUAGCCCUCUACUUGGUGAGCACAAGGUUUAGAAAUUGCUUUAAGUCAUGUUUGUUCUGCUGGUGCCAGUCUAAAGAGAUGCUGAGCUUGGAAGAUAAGCAUUCUUGCAUGAAGUUGAAAGCUCAUGAUCAUGGAUAUGACAACUUCCAUUCCAUAAGCAAAGACAGCUCAUCUUGAAACAAAUGAUGCCUAGAUGCUUCCACUUCAUUUCAUAAACUUACAUUGUUAUCUGUAAUUAGUGAAUAGGAACUUCCAGGAAAAUACGUUGUUCAUCAAACACAAAAGAAUACUUGCAGGUCCUAACAUAUUCAUAGUUCCUUCUGCAGGUCAACUACUACAUUACCAUUAUACAAAGCAAUGCGAUUGAACAGGACAAUUGUCACUGUUAAGGCAAGUGGAAGAAAUGUCAGAUUUAAUCAAAUUAAGCAAGGAAUGAUGGGGGAUGUUGAAAAACUUUGUGAAAGGCCCUAAUUGGCAAAUUUUAAACAGUAGAAGCAUUAUUGCUAACAUCUAAAUAUUACAAUUUUAAACGUUGCAGUGUUUAUGUUAAAAGGAUGGACCAUUGCUGGUUGAUUUAUUUGUUUUUGUUAAACUAUGCAGAAAUGACCUACACCAUCCACUGUACAAUAAAAUAAAACUGUUCCAAAAACACCAACAAAUUUAUAAUCAAAAAGCUUUAAAGGACAGGUAAACCCCCUACAAAAAAAUUAAAAAGCAGGCAACCAACCAAAUCAGUUGCUAAAAGGUUAAGGAACUUUGCAAUAUACAUCAAUUAAAAAAUAUGCAAACUUUUCAUGAUUUUUAAUGGUUUCUGAAAGUUCCCUAAG